AAAAACACACGCCUUUAUAUGUUUGAAGCAAACGACAAAAAAAAAAAAGGAACCCUAAGCCCAGACGUUAACACCAACCCCUCUUUUCCGGCGGUGUCCGAGCUUCCUCCGCCGUAACGCUGUUUUCGUGGCCACGGAAGCUUAACUAAGAUUCCUUUAUUCUUUCUUUUCACAGAUGUCAAAUCCACUGGAAGAGCCAAUAGACAAUGAUACCUCAGACUCUGUUUCUCACCUGAGUGAAGAUAAUGAAUCUGUUCGGCUAGUUGCCGUGACUCAUGAAGCUGCUUCUCCACCUGAAACCGUGUUAAUAUCUCAAUCAGAAGAGAUGCGGAGUAGAAACUUGAUAUGGUGGUUUAAAGCUUUGUGUAUAUGUGCCCUUACUCUCUUCCUCACUCUAAUCUUCGCCAAAUGGGGUGUUCCCUUUGUAUUCCAAAAGAUUCUUAUUCCGAUUUUGCAAUGGGAAGCGACUGCAUUUGGCCGUCCUACGCUCUUCAUUGUCCUCCUUGUUUCCUUAGCCUUCUUCCCUGUCUUCUUGAUCCCUUCUGGUCCAUCCAUGUGGUUAGCCGGCAUGAUUUUCGGUUACGGUCUCGGUUUCGUUAUCAUCAUGGUUGGAACCACCGUUGGCAUGGUUCUUCCUUACUUAAUCGGUCUAAUGUUUCGUGAUCGCCUCCAUCAAUGGUUAAAAAGAUGGCCUCGUCAAGCAGCGGUUCUUAGACUAGCUGCAGAAGGAAGCUGGUUCCAUCAGUUCAGAGUCGUGGCUAUCUUUAGAAUCUCGCCGUUUCCUUACACGAUUUUCAACUACGCUAUUGUUGUGACAAGCAUGAGAUUCUGGCCUUACCUGUUUGGUUCCAUAGCAGGAAUGAUACCUGAAGCUUUCAUCUACAUUUACAGUGGUCGGUUGAUCAGAACAUUUGCGGAUGUGCAAUACGGACAUCAACGUCUGACAACGGUAGAGAUUGUGUACAACGUAAUUUCCUUGAUCAUUGCGGUUGUGACUACUGUAGCAUUCACUCUGUACGCGAGAAGAGCUUUGAGGGAGCUGCAAAACGCAGAAGGUGAUGAUAGUGGAGAAGUUGAGGUAAGGAAAGAGGUGAGGUUUGAGAUGGAGAACGUUGUUCAACAAGUAUAGAUAGUCAUCGGCGUUUGGGUUCUUCUCAAGCAUUGCCUUAAUUGAAAACUCUCAAGGAAGUUGUAAUACUAGAUUUGUAUAAAAGCUUACUGAAUGUUGUCUGUAAGAAGUAAAUAACCAAAAAAGGAAUAUCCUAAUAUGUCUGAUUUUAGUAGUAAACCAGGAAGACUAGUCAAACCGUCAGAGGUUUGACUUUAAACAAUAGUGUUGCUGAUUCUAGUUAUUGAAAUAAAAUAAAAUAAAUAAAAC